CAUGGUUAUAUAUUGAAAACAGACACAGAAAGUCAAAAUCUGCAGGCUUUAUAUAUCUCUCCCUACACAUACAAGAAGCCAAACUGCAGCCAUAGAAAUGCCAAAGAGGCCUUCAAAAGCAUUAAUGGAGAACGAUAAUACUCAUGAGGAAUCGUCUUCUCUUGGCAAAACAAUUUUGGAAGACAAAACUGUGAAAUCUGAUGGUGAUCAUGAAGAGGGUACUCCCAUGGAGAUAACCAAGCAGGAUGAGCUGCAAUCAGCAAAAGCAGAAAUGGUAGAGGCUACGGAAGAAAACGAAAGGCUAAAGCUGUUAUUAUCCCAAAUCUCUAAGGAUUACCAGUCUCUGCAGAUGCAUUUUCAUGGCCUUCUUCAAAAUGGAGGAGAAACUAAGAAAUGUACGGAUACUAGUGGUAGUACUGCUCUUGAUCUUACGCAUGAGCAAAAUACUGAAGAAGCUGACCUAGUGUCUCUUAGUCUUGGGAGAACCUCAAGUAGUAUUGAUCAGCCCAGAAAGGAUGGUCGGAUAAAAAAGAUUAGCCAACUAAAUACUAAUGGAAAAGAUGAUGACGAUGAUAAUGGAAUGCUGAAUGGAGCUGGACUUGCACUGGAGUUGGGCUGCAAAUUUGAGCCGGCUGCUGAUCAGUCAACUGAUAAUAGCUCUGGAGGCCCGAAGGAAGACGACCUGGCUGAGAUAUGGCCGCCUAGUAAGACGUUGAAGACAACGAGAAGUAGAGAUGAUGAGGUUUCGCAACAAACCCAUUUGAAGAAAGCUAGGGUUUCUGUCAGAGUUAGAUGCGAUGAUCACACGAUUUAUGAUGGAUGUCAAUGGAGAAAAUAUGGACAGAAAAUAGCAAAAGGAAAUCCAUGCCCUAGAGCGUACUAUCGUUGCAGUGUCUCAGCAUCUUGCCCUGUGAGAAAACAGGUGCAAAGAAGUUCCGAGGACAUGUCCAUACUAACCACAACCUACGAAGGAAGCCACAACCACCCACUUCCCAUGUCAGCCACAGCCAUGGCCUCCACCACCUCCGCCGCUGCUUCCAUGCUUCAGUCUCACUCAUCCACCUCCCAACAAGACCUCAUCAACUCCACCACCGCUCCCAUCUCUGCCUCCACUAAUCUCGAAGGAGUAAACUUCAGUGGUACUAGUACUCUCUCUCAAAAUUCAAGGCUACCACAGAAACACUUCUACUUCCCCAACAGUUCGAUCUCAACCAACAAUUCCCACCCAACUAUCACUCUUGAUCUCACCGUCCCAUCUCCUUCUCAUUUCGGAAUAUUCCCCUCCGCGUCGGGGAGCAGCUUUUCUUCCAACCCAAGAUAUCCCUCAACAUCUCUCAACUUUUCGUCUUCUUUAGACCACAAUAACGCAUUGCAAUUGCAAUCUCCUUGGAACAACAUCAAUCACACAGCUUCUGGAUAUUUCAACUAUGGGAAUAGAAUUAAUCAAGUUGGAUCAGCCCUAAACGUUGGAAAGCAACCAAUAUUUCAAGAACAUAACAUAUUGUACCAAUCCUAUUCCUACAUACAAAAUAAAAAACCCUCUCCUCCUCCUCUUCAUCAUCCUCAGAUGUUCACCGAUUCAAUGGCCACCGCCACAAAGGCAAUCACAUCGAAUCCAAAUUUUCAAUCGGCUUUGGCAGCUGCACUCACAUCAUUUGUUGGCAAUGGGAGUACAAGUAGUACCACUGGGAUCAGAGAAAGUCAUCUAAGUACUGGGACUAUUGUAGAAAGUGCUUCUGGGCUGAAAUUGAAGCGGGGUGAGUCGUUGACGUCGAAUUCAAUAUUCCCAUCAGGCCAAAAUGGAAUAGGGUGUGCAUCAAGCUACUUGAACGAAUCUUUGUGAUUUUUGAUUCAUUAUCUUUGAUGAGUUACUAGCUACAA